UCUAUAAACGACAAGAUGGCCGGUGACGAAGACAAGAAGAAGAAGAAGAAGUCCAAGAAGACCGACAAGGCCGAGAAGGUGGAGGAAGCCCCUCCACCUCCGGAGCCCGAGCCCCAGCCGGAGCCCGAGCCUGCUCCUUCUGCCGCCGAAGAGGAGACUUCAGCUUCCACGGAAGAAGCACCCCCGGCUGCUCCCGAGGGCGAGGCUCCCGCCGAGGCUCCCGCCGAGGCCCCCGCUGAAGGCGAGGCUCCUCCUCCCCCACCCAAGAAGAAGCCCAAGUUCUUCGUUCACUGGAACAGGCGUAAGGCCCGCUUCUACGACUACAACUGGGACUACGGAGAUAACUACUACAGCUCGAUGGUCAAGUACAUGGACACCAGGAGUGGUGACCGCCCCCGCCGCAUGGCCUUCGCCGAGCGCGGCAUCCGAAGCAACGUGCAGCGCAGGGCCAUCCCCGACACACGCACCGCUUCUCUCCUCGACGAUGUCCGGAAGUCCAUUAAGAACUUCGAGAUCUCCCAGAAGGCGUACAUGAAGUCCUAUUAAUUUACUCAUCUUUUGCUAAUUCAUCCAGUGUUCAAGGCUGCGUCAACAAUCUGCGGCAACAAAAGCUACAUCAUCUUGCUUUGCCAUUAACCUCCAACCACUCAACGGCAAAGGCAUCGUCAUCGCGCUAUCUUCGUCGCCAUCUUGGUCACAUAACCGUUCAACGUCACCAGCCGGCCAUGUUGCUCGGAAAUGAGGAAAGGAGAAAACGGGAAAACCUUCCUGAGAACCUCUUGUCUUUCACGCCCAGAAGAUCAGCCAAGAGACACCCAGCCAUCUCGAGACUUUGUCACGUGGGAUGCGACCAUCUGAUAACCAUGUCUCAAUUAUGAUUUUUUCUUUCUUUUUUUUUUGACUACAUGUAAAAGCUAUCUGUAUUGGUUAGCUUGAGAUGUCAUAUAUUACUUCAAAUCCCAUGGCUUAUUUUUAUUGUUAAUCAUUAAUUAGAAAUAACA